AUGUCUGAAGAGGAAUCUAAACUCACUAAUGCUGCUUCAGUUCCUGAUGCCGCCCCUGAAGCUACGACCAAAGCUUCUCUUGAUGCAGCCACUUCAGCUCCAGCAGAUGAUAUUAAAAAGACCAUCCAAUCCACCACAUUAACCACAGACCAAGCAACAAAAUUAUCGAAAUUAAUUGACUCAAUUCCGCAAAUACUAGUCAAGCUAGAUAAUCCAAACUAUGAUGAAAUAUUUGGCUAUAGAAUCAACACUGCAGAAAAGCCCCACGUUGAAAUCAAUAUUCGAAAUGAAAUAUUACUUAAAUUUCUUGCUGCUGACAAUUAUGAUUUAGAAUUGAGUACUCAACGUUUAAUCAAGUGUUUGAAUUGGAGAAACAAGUUUCAACCAUUGCAUGCAGCAUUUGAUGAGAAGUUCGAUCUAGAAUUGGAUUCGUUGGGUGUUAUUACCAAUUUUCCUAAAGCUAAUGACAAUUUACAUAUAAUUACUUGGAAUUUAUAUGGGAAUUUGAAAAAUCCAAAAAAGAUUUUUGAAAAGUUUGGUGGUGAUGGCAACAGCAACAACAACGGCAAAGACAGUGCUAAAGGGACUGAAGACUUACCGGGUAGUCAAUUCUUGAGAUGGAGAAUAGGGUUAAUGGAAAAAUCGUUGCAAUUGAUUGAUUUCACCUCCAAAAGUAACAACAAAAUUGGCCAAAUUCAUGAUUAUAACAAUGUAUCAAUGUUUAGAAUAGAUCCAGGGAUGAAACAAGCAACAAAAGAAAUUAUUGAUAUAUUUGGCACCAAUUAUCCUGAAUUAUUAAGUACCAAGUUCUUCAUUAAUGUUCCCUUAAUUAUGGGAUGGGUUUUCACAUUUUUCAAAACAAUUAGAGUUAUCAAUGAGGACACAUUGAAAAAGUUUCAAGUGUUGAAUCAUGGUGAUUUAAGUGAAUCUUUGCCCAAGAGUGAAUUGCCUCUGCUGUAUGGUGGUAGUGGUAUUGGUAUUGGUAAUGGAGAGAAAUCCAAGACUAAAGAAGGUGAUAUUUUUAGCUUGGAUGUUAGUGAUUCGAUUGAGUUGAGUGAAUAUGGCGAAUAUGUGUUGAAGCAAAGAGGUGAUGAUGAGAUUAGCCAUGUUAAUGAUGAAGUAGAGUAG